UACUCUUGAGGCCAGCGCUAGCAGCUUCCCAUCCACUGCCACGCAUUGGUCGAGGUCUGCUGCCGCCGAACUCCGGCACUUGCCGCAUGCAUGCUAUGCGCGAAGCGUAAAUGACUAGCAGUUUAGUCAGGACGCCUCUCAUUCUUCUCACUUGCAGGACUUGCCAGUGGCAGUAGUCAUAGUGGUAGUAGUAGUGAGUGAUGCCGGUAGUAGUUGGGCUGGCUGCACCACUAGCAGUAGCAUUUCGCACUAGCAUUUCGCACUAGCACUGUAGCAGCAGCAGUUCAACAGACAACAGUAGAGGACGUGGAUGAAGGCUGGGCAGGAAAGUGCCAUCCCGUCGUCCGUCGACUUGUGCCACUGAAAGCGGAGCAGACGCGAGAGACGGCGGGGUCGAUGCCAAAGCGAAGGAGGCCUUAUAACCCAUGACUUGCCCUCAGCUCCGCCAGUCGUGGAAAGGGCUUAGUGACCAGAACAGCUCACUUCUUCGUCUUCUUCUUCACUUCAACCCUUACCUGAAUUCCUCGUCUCUUACCACUAAUAUUGACAGGCAAAAUGACCAGUCAACUCGCAAUGAUUCCUCUCUCACUGCUUGCAGCUUGCCUGCUGCUGACCUCGUGCUAUGCGCGACCAUCACGGCUUAGGCGAGAUCAUCCGUCCGGUGUUCGACGACGCUCCUCGGACGACGACCUAUUCAGCCAGCAGCGGACUGCUAACGACCUAGAAGCGUCGGAAACGGGAAAUGCGCCUUGGACCUGUACACUCCGGUCGAGACAAUACUACUUUUCAAUCACACCAUCAAAAACUGUUAUCAACGUCGAGCAGGCAGAAUGCCAUCAGCACGAGGGAUUGUACGUUCCUGUGAAUGAUACUACCACUGGACCAACAGGGCCGUCGCUGGCCUGGACGGACAGCAAGUUUAUUACAUGUCAUGGUGACGAGGUGUGUUUGCCGGCAGGUGUGACAAAUGAAGAUUAUCGCACAGUGCUCGGUUUGAGGAAGACGAGGCGGGCUCACCGCUGCAAGUGCUUCUCCGUCCGUGAGCCAUGUCGUCCUGUCAAGCACAUCGAGAUCUUCUUUCCCAAUACGCCAUUCAGGACAUGGGUUGACACAAAGCGCUGCGUUGGCUCAUGUCCAUCUUUAGGCCGCCGAGGAUUGAUCAGUCAAUCUUGCCGACCCACCAGGACUCGUACCAUCACAAUUCCAGGUCCAAACGGAGCGCAUUGUGUCAACAUCACCCAAGAGUGUGGUUGUGCGCUGAGCUGCUAUCGCACCUCAUAUGACAUGAUCUUCAUCGAGCAGCAGACGGAUGCCAUUACAGGCCAAAAGACUUUUCGAAAUCGGACGAUAGAUGUUGGCAUCUGCCAAGGCUCAUGUGCACAGCGAGUAAGAGAGGAGUGCGCCGAGAAUGAACCCAAUGGCAAUGGCACAGCAAUUGAUCCGGGACUCAAGAACCUUCUAACCGAUGUCUGCGUUGGAAAGGUGAAAAACCUCACGGAGUGCGUGCCCAAUAUCGUGGAAACGGUUAGGUUCAACUCAACGAAAGGAGAAAUUGAAGUGCCUAUCAUCAAGGACUGCACAUGUGUACCACAUGACCUAUUGUAGCAUGUGUCGCCAGCCAUUCACACUUCACUCUGACAUGCCAUCAGCAACAGGCAAAUACACCCCUCUGCCUCGUCUUCUUCCCCUCCUCCUCUUCAAGCCAGCAGUGAGGAGGCAUGAAAGAGCAGGCAACUCACUAUCUCUAGUGUGAUGAGUAUCCGCGGCGUCCUGCCCUCUGACAUGCUCACUUGAUCAACCUUCUGACGUUACUUUUUUUAUUUGUUUAAUAUCACCAAUACCCGUGCCGUCUCCGAAGCCGUCAGCUGCAUUUGCCCACUUGCUAUGUCAACCUUCACAAUGUCGGACUAUGACGUUUCUCACGCUUGACUUUUGAUUUCUUUGAUUCCCUCACUGAGACAUUUUCACCACAUUCCCACCGACCUUCAGACAACGGCCAGCAUCACGAAGAGACCUAAAUGCCAGAGCGAGUGCGCAACUCAUCGGCAGCACGGCACACAAAAGCGGAAGUAAUCCCACGCGGCGUAUCGUCCCACGGCAAGAAAAGCCGGUGGCACACCACCGUAUGCAACUGCACAGUUCAGAACUUCCUUCAUGGGCCGUGGCUUUCAUGAUCUUGACCUCACGUCCAGAGUUGCAAAUUCUGAUCCAUGCGCUCUCUUGCCAAUGCAGUAUUGAUAUUUUCCCCUUACCCCAUUUUCCCCUUCACUGCGCAGCUAUUCGCCCAGCUUGACUAGCCUUUGGAUCACUUUAUCUGGACGAACAUAAUCACAGAGCACGGUUUCUGACCAUCAGCCUCACCAUGCAAGUCACCAGGCACAUGUAUGCCUUCUAGCACUGGACACAUUGCCAAUGCAAAUUCAAAGACCUAUAUCAGUUUUUUUUCUUUCUUUCAUCUAUCUUCUAUUGUGUCCGUUCCUGCCGUUGCCCAGUCGGCAGCAAAUGGCACAAUUCAUCAUAUGAAAGAGGCUCAAUAUUCACCUAAAUCUUCUCGGCUGGCCCACUGUCAUGUAUUGCGUACCAGUUA